GACUCUGGAUCCUGAAAGCAGAGGGAGUGGCUAUCCCUGCUGGACCAGCCCUCUGCUGAAGGCUGCGGCAUUAAGCAAGCACCGCUGUAAUCUUCAGCUGCUGACAGGAGAGCAGCUGGGGCCAGGCUCAGAUUUAGUGACCCCAAGAGGCCACCAGGAUGGCGGGGAAGCCCGUGCUGCACUACUUUGAUUUUCGGGGCAGGAUGGAGCCCAUCCGGUGGCUGUUGGCUGCAGCUGGGGUAGAGUUUGAAGAGAAGUACAUAAAGACUCCAGAAGAUUAUCGAAAGUUAAAAAAUGCGGGGCUCUUGAUGUACCAGCAAGUACCCAUGGUGGAGAUGGAUGGGAUGACAAUGGUGCAGACCAAUGCCAUUCUCAACUACAUCGCCACCAAGUACAAUCUCUACGGAAAGGACACGAAGGAGAGACUCCUGAUUGAUAUGUAUACAGAAGGAAUGGUAGAUUUCUAUGAACUUUUCAUACAAUUGCUGAUAGCUGCUCCAGCGGAGAAAGAUGCUAAGGUGGCCUUGCUCAAAGACAAAACAAACAAUCGCUACUUACCUGCCUUCGAAAAAGCCCUAAAAACCAGAAUCAGCAACCUGCCCAACAUGAAGAAGUACCUGCAGCCUGGGGGCCAGAGAAAGCCUCCUAUUACUGAAAAAAUGAUUGAAAAUGCAAGAAAAUGUUUGCAGGUUUAAUACAGGAGGCACUAACCAAGCCCGUGCACGUCAAACUUCUCAAUUUUAUGGCAAUAAAGUUCUUUUCUUGAAUGCUGA